CCCCCUCCUACAUCCUCAAUAUGUCUGCAGCUGCUGGGCCAUCGCGGCCGAAAGCGCCCAACAAAUCAGGCCAAGCAGCAUCAUCAUCGUCAAAAUCUACGUCCGCAGAUGACAGCCUCGCCUCCGCUGGUGGUGAAGGAGGGGCAGGCGGUGAAGGCAUUGGCGGCGCAGCCAGCGACGACUCGGACGACGAGGUCGCAGACUUCCGCAACCUCCUGCCGCAGCUCAUCGCUCAAAGAAAGGAUGCCAAUGCCAGCGGUCUCGGGCAUGGAUCUCUUCCGAAGCGCGGCGAAAAGGACUUUGAGCCCACAGGGUUUCGCGGACAGGAGAAGAAGCUCGAAGAGAGCCGUCGGGCUAUGCAGAUGGUCAUUGGCCAGGAGAGGAGGAUAGGAAGUAAGAGCCUCUCGCUCGCAAUUUGGCGCCCGGAGCUGAACAGGGCUGUGGUCGACGUUGCCAAGGGCAAUACCAUGGCAGCGCUAGGCGUGACGACUAGGGCGCCUGUUACGAUUAGCUCGGCCGCUGAAUUGCCCGUGGGCACUCAAGAUGUGGUCGGGCCGAACAAUCAGGUUGGGGUAUGGAAGAACGACAUCUUUUACCCUCGCUACACCUCCCGCCUCGAGCUCUUGCCGGAAGAAGCCCUCUAUCUCCUCGAGCGAGGCUCUUUGGAGUGCCGUCUCGCCAUGCCCCUUUGCGAUUCCCCCACUGGAGAGCAAGUAGAGGUUCCCCUCUCACUGCAACAUGCCUUCAGCCUCAUGCUGAACAAGGACGGACUGACACGAGAGCGCUAUCAGACGUACGCGUACCUCAAGCGAUUGGGCUACUACGUACAGCGGGCGGAUGUGGCUGAGCAGUUGAGGGUAAAGGCGGCUGAGGCUAGGCGAAAGGAGAAGGAAAGGGAUGCCGCAUGUGAUGACGGGGAGGACGGAGAGAUCAAGACGCCCAAAGCGGGGACGAAGGGUAUCAUCGCCGAUCCUAAACGUCCGCUAAAGCUGGUCACGCUGUGGGACCUCCUGACAUACGUGCCGAGGAGGGCGGCGCAGAUCCUCUUCACUGCACUGGCGUGGCUGAAGGCAAGGAUCGCCAGGGUAAUCAAUGCGCUCUGGACGUCGAGAAGAGGUGGCAGCGCCGCAGCGAAUAGCACGAAGCCAGGGUCAGGACGAGGGCUGCUUGGUAUUGGUGGGGCCAAGUGGGACUCAUUUGACUCCGUCUACUCGCAACUCCGCAUCAUACCUAGCGGACACAACUCCACGGCCUCAACCAAGGCACAAGCGACCGCCACUCCCUCCUGCUCCUCCUCCUCGAAUCCCUUCCUCCCCUUCUUUUACGCCUGGCGUCCCGCCACCCACUUCAAGAAGACGGAUCCGCCUCUCCCCGAAUACCGCAUUGCCGUCAUCCCCGCCCGCUCCACUUUCCUCCCCAAGCUCGCUGAGUUCACAGAAAUGUUUGGAGCGGUCCCGCUGCCAUUGGAAGAGCAGGGCAAGCAGGAUGAUGAGGCAGGAGAGGGAGAAGGGGACGGGGAGAGGCAAGAGGAGGAGAAAGAGGAAAGGAAGAGGGCAUUGGCUGAGAAGAAGCGCAAUGAUGAGAGCUAUGGGCGGGGUUUCGUGCAAAGGAAGAAGAAGGAGGAGGCUGUUGCGAAGAGGGACAGGAAGAAGGAAGGCAGCGCCUCUGUGGAGCAGGGUGGGGAGAUGCAGGGCUCGUCCAGCUGGCUGAACAGGCUGAGGAUCAACAUCUUCUCGCGGCUCCUGGGCAUCCUCGAAAGACUCGCAAGCCUCUUCGCUCACCUCCCUCCAGGGUGCCAACAGCAUGCCGCGCCACGGACAUUUGGUGGGCCUCGAGGAGGGCCAGGUGGUCCUCGCCCACCAUUCAACGGGCCACGUAGACCCAAUCCUUUCCCUCCUCUUAAGGCAGGCCGUCGCAACGUCAUCGUUGCAGUGGUGGAUCAUGGCACAACGAGCUUGCUGCGAUUCGGAGAGGCCGAGUUCGAGCGGUGGAAGUUGAUGGGGUGAUUUGGGUGCGAGAGGAUUGCGGUACUUCGCAAUUGUGUAUUUGUAGCAGUUCAGAUUAUGCGCAAUAAGUGAAGUCGUGAGCUUCAUGAGAGUAACGCC